CUGAAUCCGACUUCCUGUAAGAUUGGAGAGCACCUUUCUGGACGCACAAGACCUCAGAGGAUUGGGGAAGACGAUCAAAUAUAUUUGCUUUUGGCCCAAAUAGAAAUGGAGCAGCAAGGGAGCCCCGACAACAACACUAACAACUGCACCAUUCAAGACUUCAAAAGAGCCAUCUACCCACCCGUGUAUUUGAGCAUAUUUGUAUUGGGAAUUUUGGGAAAUGGCUUUUCCAUAUUCAUUUUCCUUCAGUCUUUCAGGAAACAAACCUCAAUGAAUGUUUUCAUGCUGAACUUGGCCAUUUCGGAUUUCUUAUUUGUGUUUACCCUGCCCUUCCGUGUUCACUACUACUUGAAGAAUUCCCAGUGGGUGUUUGGAGACAUCACCUGCAGGCUAAUGUCCUAUUCUUGGUACGUCAAUAUGUAUACCAGCAUUUAUUUCCUGACCGUGAUGAGCAUCGUUCGUUUCCUGGCUAUUGUGCACCCUUUUCGGCUCUUAAGUCUGACCAGCAUCAGGAGUGCCCGGAUCCUGUGUGUGACAAUAUGGAUUUUUGUGAUGGUGACUUCUGCUACACUUUUGAAAGGUGGAUCUUCCCAGAGGAAUAAUGAAAUUUCAUGCUUAGACCCCGAGAAAGAGAAAAUAGAGAGGCUGCGCAUUCUGAACAAUAUCGUCUUGGCCGUGGGUUUCAUUCUGCCCCUGGGCACCCUGAGUGUCUGUUACAUACUGAUCAUCAGGACGCUGCUUAAACCUCGGGUCCCAAAAUCGGGGCUCAGGGCCUCAAACAAGAAGGCGUUACUAACCAUCUCUAUCAUAAUGUUCUUUUUCUUGGUUUGUUUUCUGCCUUAUCACCUUCUGAGAACCAUUCACUUGCUGGCAUGGAGCGAGAAUAAGUGCUACAAGCAGGUGCAUAAAGCCGUGGUGAUCACCCUAUGCUUAGCUGCGGCCAAUAAUUGCCUGAAUCCUUUGCUCUAUUACUUUUCGGGGGAAAAUUUCAAAGAGAGACUUAUUGCUGUAUUCAAAAGAGGACCCCUGCCAAAACAAACACAACAGGGCCAUCUGUACAUCGUGGAAGCAGAAAACGUCAUGGAGACCUGA